GUUACCGGCGCAUCCGGUUACAUCGCAGCUCACGUCGUUCAGAAGCUUCUUGAAUCUGGAUACCGCGUCCGAGGCACUGCUCGUGGCAAGAAGGUCGACUUCCUCCGCGAGUUCUGGAAGGCAAACCCCCAUUUCGAGGCCGUUCAGAUAGAAGACAUCGCGACGAGCGAUUUCACCGAGGCUCUUAAAGACGUCGACGCUGUACUUCAUAUGGCGUCACCUCUCGCCGGCACACAGACCGUAGAGACCACGAUCAAGGCGAGUAUCAUCAGUGCCAUAGAAGGGACCCUCAAUGUGCUUCGCCAGGCUACUGCUCAAGGCGUGACGAAGUUCGUUCUGACAAGUAGCUGGGCUUCAUUGGUUGAUCCCGACGCGAAGCAAGGCUAUGAGGGUCUCACGCUCUCAGAGAAGGAUUGGGGAAAGACGUCUCGCGAAGACCUCCUUCAACCCGGUCGCAGCGAUAUGUAUGUCUAUAGCGGGACGAAGAUUCUUGCGGAGCAAGCAGCAUGGGAGUUCACCAAGGAGCACCCUGAGGUUGACCUCGCCACCAUAUGCCCGCCCUUCGUGUACGGCCCGCCGAUCCUCCCGCUCUCCAACUCCUUCCUCGGCACCCCCGGUCUCCUCUACCAGCUUAUCGUCGGUGAAGCAGGCCGACCGCUCCCCUACCAGAUCUCGCCCUUCUGGGUCGACGUCCGUGACGUUGCGCUCGCUCACGUUCGCGCACUUGAGCUACCGCCGCUCCCGCAGGGCGCAGAUCGCCAGGAGAAGCGCUUCCUCAUAGCGAGCCCCGUUGCCUUGACGUUCGACAGCGCUGUGAAGCAUCUUUACGAUACACGCCCUGAGCUGCGCAAACGGCUUCCGUCGCUCGAGGAGGUGUCUCAGUUCCCGGGCCCUCUGUCGAAGAACGACACGACGCGCGCUAAGGAGGUCCUUGGUAUCACGGAGUAUGUUGAUUGGCGGAAGACGCUGGAGGAGACUAUCGAUGCGCUUGUGGAGGCGGAGAAGACAUGGGCGUAA